GAGAAUCUGCCUUGUUCCGUGUGGAAACUUUGCCGGUCCGGGUGCAAAGUUUGAACUCCGUCUGCAAAACGCCGCUCGGUGCUUUUCUUCGUUUGUCACGAUUCGCUUGAACGAGGCGCGAGACGUCGCGAGUGAGGUUUAUCACCCGAGUUCUGUUGGGUUUUGCGGGAAUAGAUCAGAAGUGAAGGCGAAAUCUCGUGUGACUGGGGUGAAUUCGCUAGCCAGUGCCGGUUAGCAUUGUUUUGUUUGUAUGUUGUGUUAGCUGUGCGUGUGUGCGCGCGUGUGUGUGGUAGCUGAGACGCUCUCGGAGGAAACCAUGGCUUGUGAACCGAACCGCGCCCGGUUGCUGUGCAUGCUGUCGUUAACGUUCGGGUUCUUCGUGGUCGAGGUGGUGGUGAGCCGGCUCACGGCGUCGCUCGCGAUGCUCUCGGACUCCUUCCACAUGCUGUCGGAUGUGAUGGCGCUGAUCGUGGCGCUGGUGGCGGUGCGUUUCGCCGAGCGCACCCAGUCCACCAACAAGAACACGUUCGGCUGGAUCCGCGCCGAGGUGAUGGGCGCCCUGGUCAACGCCGUGUUCCUCACCGCGCUCUGCUUCACCAUCGUGCUCGAGGCCAUCGAGCGCUUCACCGAGCCGCACGAGAUCGAGAGCCCGCUCGUGGUGAUCGCCGUCGGGGCCGCGGGGCUCGUGGUGAACCUGCUAGGGCUGUGUCUCUUCCACGGCCACGCUCACUCGCACAGCCACGGCAAGGGGAAGCACUCCAGGGCGAACACCAGCAAGAGCGAGACCUCCACUGACUGCGGGUCCGCCGCGGAGGAGACCAACAACCUGGUCGGAGGUCCCGGGAGCAGCAGCCCGAACGGCGUGAACACCGAGAGCAGGGGAGCCUCCGCAGAGUUAUCAGCUGUGCAGCUGAACGGUGAGCUGGAUCACGAGCACGACCUUGAGCAUGAUCAUGAUUCAUCCUCGUCAUCCCAGCUGAACAUGCGUGGUGUUUUCCUUCAUGUUCUGGGUGACGCGCUUGGCUCCGUCAUCGUCGUGGUCAACGCCAUCAUCUUCACCUUUGUGUGGCGUCCGUGUGACCCCGGUGUUCCCUGCAACAACCCAUGCAGUGCCAACACACACUGCAGUGACCACCAACACCUUAACCACACGCUUGUGGGCUUUGGCGAGGCAGAAGACAGCAAUGCGAGCGCCUCCGCAUUCUCCACAGCUGGGCCCUGCUGGGUGCUGUACCUGGACCCGACUCUGUGCCUCAUCAUGGUCUGCAUUCUUCUGUACACGACGUACCCGCUCUUGAAGGAGUCAGCGCUCAUCCUGCUGCAGACUGUACCCAAGCAGAUCGACGUGAGCCUCCUGAGCACUCGCCUGCGCCAGCUUGAUGGCGUUCUGGCUGUGCACGAGCUCCAUAUCUGGCAGCUCGCCGGGAGUCGCAUCAUCGCCACGGCACACAUCAAAUGCCGAGACCCUGCCUCCUACAUGAGUGUGGCCAAGCGCCUCAAGGCCUUCUUCCAUGACGAGGGCAUCCAUGCCACCACCAUCCAGCCUGAGUUCGUCAUGGUGAGCUCUGAGUCACACGCCUCGCUCUGUGAGCUCUCCUGCCGCACGCAGUGCGCCGCUAAACUCUGCUGUCAAAAUGCCAAAGCCCCCGACAACAAAAACACAAGUAUGGAGAGCGGGAGUGAAGCCGAACCCCCUGUCUCCACCACUCUGGAGGUCAUCAGUGAGUCUCUGGAAAGUGAGCCUAACGUUCAAGUGGCUCCACAGGAAGUGACCGUCAGCAGAGAAGUGGAGUCAUCUUUAUAAGGAAGAAUGAAUACAAAGAAUUCAUUAAUAAAGAUACCACAAAACAUAAAUAUAUCCAAAAGGACUUGCAAAUUUGAUGAAUUAGAAAAUCAGAGCCAUUUGAGACAAAGAGGGAUGCACCAAUCCGAUGUUGAGCAUCAAUAUCGAAACGCUGGAUCAUAUUGGAUCUGAUUUGACACAUCAUCUGACCACUUGCUGUAUUUUAUUUCAUCAAGAGAUAUCGACUGAACUUGCAUGUAAACACAGAACACAAAUCUUUGCGCACACCUCUCGACAGAAGCUAACUGAGGGACAGCGAGCUCACUGUGAAGACGCGUUGCACUCGGCGGCUGAGAGUGAAACCACAAGCAAUGGUCAUUAUUUCUAUACUAGCUCACCAUUACCUGAAAGGGAAUAAUGGCAAAUGGGGCGUUUACCCCCAACCCCCCCCCCCCCUCCCCCCAACACACACAGUCUUUUGUGGUUAUUGGCAGUUACAUGGAGACAAUGGUUGGUUCAAAUGGAGCUCAUGAAUUUGUGCUUUUGACACGGGAACACACAAUAAGCUCAUUCGAGUGGCAGAAGGUGUGACAACACUGUUGCCAGGAGAAGGAGCAUUGAAAAGGCUUCAUUUUCUAAUUUAUUCAUUUAUUCAUAUGUUUGUCUUCAGUGACCACUUCAUCCUGUUCAGGGACGCAGUGGAUCCUGAAGCUAAAAUUGGAUCGGUGUGUCCAUAGAGAGUGAAAUAAGACAAGAGAGCUGUCUCUCGCUUCAAACAUGGAGUGAAUCAACUGGAAAAAGAUUUGCAAGAGAAAUUUCCUGAUUGCUGUUCUGACAAGUGAAACAAAUCUGCUCUGGGGUCCAAACACAUUCCACAUGUUCCCUACACACACACACACACACACACACACACACUCUGAACCUUGAGCCGUCACUACCUGAUGGCUGGCUGAACUCUGAUCAGGCCUGCUGCUGCAUGUGUGCGUUGCGAGUGCUGUGUUUGUGAAGCGUUGUCUAAGUCUAAGCAUGUGUGUGCGUGUGUCUAUGCAAAAAGCUUCUCGCGUUUGAGAACCUGCUGUGUCGUCAUUAUCUUGUGGAUCUAGUGCAACACAGGCAUGCAAAAUCCAGCUGCUGGCUCACGUUUAAGGACUUUUUUUUUUUUUUUUUUUUUUGUAUUAUUGUAAUGAUAAAUACAUAUUCUUUUCCCCUUCUGGAUACAUCCAUAAGCAAUUUAUUUCAUAAACAAAUAAUAAUUUAUGUGUUUAAUUUAUUAGUAAUGAUUUUGUUUUCCUUUCCAGAGACUUUGAUAAUAUUUAGAUUUGGUAAUGCAUUUAAAAAGAGGCUCACAUCCUUUUUUUAAAGAAACUAUGCUGUAAGGUAGAAUAUUUGUACUAGUAUUUUAAACUGUGCUGCUGAGACUUGUUGUAUUUCUGACAGAUAAAUGCAGUUUGAAUACCAUUUCAGCAAGUCUUUAAUGCUGAAAUGAAUUUUGCAAUCUUUUCGUUUCCUCAUUUAUGGGAAAUGCUGAUGCUUCAUGAGUCGUGGUGUUCGUGUCACACGAGCAUGACUCACAAGUCCAUGUUGAAGCAUUAAAAGCAGUGUUGAACAAUGCUGGAGGGUUUGGAAAAAUGCCGAGAGACAGCUGGCUCGAGUUCCUUAAACAUUCGUACCUACAGUUCUUGCAUGACCAAACAUCAAUAGCUUAGUUAGUACUAACACUAUGGCUGUGUUUUGAAACUAGUUUUAAGGUGCCCUCACUGACUUCCCCUUGAUUGAAUCCCUGCCACCAUCUUAAGGGCUGUUGCAUCAGUCUAACAGCUGAAGUGAAGUUUAAGAUGCAUCACUGGUGUAGAAAUUACCAAGUCUGAUCAAAAAAUGGAUAAUUAGUUGUUCAGGCAUGGUUUUAUUACUUUGGCCUGUCCAUCUGUACGUGACAGCCAAUUAGCAUGUUAGCAAGUUUAGCAAGUGGAUGUGAGAAAUCUACAAGGACAUCGCUUCAGCUGCUUUAGCAACAAACUGCCUUUACAUGCACAAAAUAGCCAAAAGAUCUCUCCUUUUCUAGACUGAAGCAAGAUAUUUUUGAGUUGUGUAAAAUGCUAGUCCUUUUCUGGACCUGUUUGCACUCCAGCGCAGGCUGACUGUGCUCCUCCUAUACACCUCUACAAGUUACCAUCCUUUUCAAACUGCUACCAGACUAUGCAGUUCACUCCGCAGUAGUAAUGAUUAUUAGAAAUGCUGUGUUCCGCUGCUUUCAUUUUCAUUGAGAGUGGCUCUAAAGUUCACCUCAGUGCAAUCUAAGUGUAUAUCUGAGCCGAGAUAGAGUCUAGGUUGACUAACAGUACGUGUUCGCAUGCAGCAUUUUGUCCAUCUCAGUAGAAAUCUCUGUCUGAUUGUGUUAAUCCAAACAGGACAGGGUAGACUGCUGGUCAUUAUGACUGCCAACAAAACAAUUAUUAAUUCAUAUCCAAGCAUCAUACCUUGGAGCUGCUCAUUCACUUUGUAAUAUCUGAAAAAAUAACUAAGCAUCAUUUCAAAACUGACAUUUCAAAUGAAUUGGAAGAGCAUGGACAGCUGAUGCACAUUAUGAUUAAGAAAACAGACUCACCCACUCCAUUGUAUUUUUGAUAACAUGGAAUUACAUAAGGAAUAAAACAUGACAGCGUGUGUUGUUACAGGAAACUAAUCGGUGCGAUGCAACCCGACAUGAAGCAUGAAGGAGUUACUGUUACCACCCUGAAGUGGUUUAUUUUCCUAUAACAGCACACCACAGAGUGAUUUAUUCCUCCUGUGCCACAGCAAUUUGCCAACGAAUACAUUAUUUAAUUUAUUAAUGUAUGACGCUUCAUGCUAUUUAACCGUUAUCACUCUGUCAUGAAGACUUUCCUAUGGCAGAAAACGUACUGACUGUUACAAAGUGCUGACACUGGAGACUCCUUCCAUAAAUGUUAUGGAAAGCGUGACUACACAUGUUUCUUUGUUAAAUAACAAUGCUAUUUAAAACCUGUUUAUUAUUAGGCUUGUGGAGUGUGUAAAUACUACUGCUACUAGAGAAAUUAUAACUUGUUAAAAUGAGCGCAUUAAUAUAAACCUAUUAUUUGAAUUAGAGCUGGAACUACUGUCAGUGCUGCUGUAAUCUGAGAUUCGGACUAAUCGGAUUUGAGAUUUCAACAACACUGUAGUAUACGUAAUAAUAAAAAACAUAUACCAGAAUUGGUAUAUGUUGAUGGAGACGUACUUUAGUGAAUCAGUAGGACUGUGAGAAUCAGAUUGUGCUGUUUACUUGAUCAUAUAUGAACCGACCAACAAUGUAUGAAGCACUGGUGUGGAUGUAAAUGUGGUGCCUGUGUCGUGUGUUCCUUUUGUUAAGUCCGCUCCCCAGUACACACUCCUAACCCUUGUGCAGUAAGUGCACAGCCCUGUGAUGGUGGCCAAGUCACGGAAAAGUCAACGAGGAUGCAUUAGAAGGUAUUCAGCAUAAGAUUUCUUUUAUUCCAGUAAUGCUGAGCUCUGUAUACAGGGCACUAAAGCACAGCCACCAUUUUGUUCAUCGACGCACACAGAAGGACACGUAUUUUUAACUUGAUAUUUAGCCACAAUAAUUUGUGUCUCAUGUCAGUUAUUUCCAUCUCAUCAGUUUCAGCAUGCAAACCAGAGUUCCCAGGUGUUUGGAUCUCCUGUCUGUCCUCAUUCUGUAAUGCUUGAGCUGGGCUUAAGCAGUACAAAGUCCUCAUUGUUUUCCCUCCACGUAAUAUAAAUUAAUGGAACAUUUUGGCCAGAAAUUGAAUGUACACAUUUGUUUAGCUUAUUUCCAAUUUUGCGUCAUACAAAACUGCAUGUAUACAGUGUACCCAUUCCCUUAUUUUUUGAAAUGCUCACCUCAAAGGGUUUUUGUUAGUUAGUUAGUAUCUCAAAUAGAUUUGUUUAUGCGUGUUCUGACACCGUGAGCUGAUUUAUACCUGGCAAUUUCAUGCAUCUUAUAUCUUGGAUUGUAUUCUGAUGAGAAUUUAAUCACAUGCAUUUACACUCGUAGUGUUCAGACAGACUGAAAUCUGAUAGCUGUGUCUGUUAAAAUACAGAUUAGCUCAUUACAUUCGAACUCCAAUGUUCAGUGUUGUGCCGCACCUAUUGGGGCUGGUUUUGGUUGUCAAAUAUGGCUAAAAAGUGUCUCAGACCACCGGAAGUAAUUUAAGCAGUCAUUGCGUCGUUCAUUUUUUAUGUAAAACAUUGCUAUGCAGAUAUAAUUCUGAUACUCAUGACGCAUGAAACAACCAAGUGUAAAUGGAGUCUGUAAUCAUUAAAUGUUCAAAAUGAUGAAUGUCACAGAGUUAAACAGCAGUAGCGGCCAUGUUGAAGCCAGAAUGAUAUCUUCCUCAGCACAUAGUUUAUCAUAUAUAUAUGUAUUACUCGUACAUGAAGUUUGGCAAAAAGCUUGAGGACAGAAUUUUGUUCAGAAUUUUUGUUGCUUCUUUUUAUUCAUUUGGACGUAUUCUUAUUUUAUGCUAUUUAAUUUGAUUUUGUGAUGUAUUGAAGCGAGUGUGAGCUGAGUUAGACAUACAGUAUGCACAAUGCUAAACUGGAGGCUGUACGCUGCCUUUGCCUCUGUAUCAGCCUCACAGCUGCAGUACAAAACUAAAGAAGCAAGCUUCAAACACCAAACAUUUUUUUUGCUAUAAAAGACAUUUUGAUUUAAGGGCAACAUUGUACAAUUGUGUAUUUUUUUUUUUUUGGCCAAAUUGUUGCUUGAAACUGAAUUUUUCGAUGUACAAAGAAACAAACACUGAAUCUUUGAAUGGUUUGGACACACAGGAACUUUAAGGUUUUGCUUGCUAACACUCAAUAUUAGUAAAUUAAAAUUAGUAAUAACUGCCGUUUAAUCAAUUAUACAAUAUAUUGAGAUAUUUAUCAAGCACAACAUUGUUACUAACCCAAAUGCUGUAUUUGGGAGGAAGCUAUGUGUGUAGGUGGAAUAAGGAAGUAAGAACUGCCUUAUCUAAGAAGGGCACAUGAUUUUCUUUCAAAUUUGUCCAAAAUGGAAACACUUUGAAAACUAUCAGAGAUGCCAAAACAUGGUACCUGUCCUGGCAGCCUCCUGAGGGCUACUUUAGCCUUUACAAUAAUAUUGUGCACAUUAAAUAUCACAAUAUGUCAUACAAACAAUUAGCAGCUACUGUGAAAUUAAUUUGCGAUGAUAAAAUGUGGUUUUCAAAAUGCUCAGCAUGUCCUUAAAUUGGCCAUUCUCUUUAUUAUUAUUUAACUAAUGAUCCAUCCGAUGCAUUUUAUAUUCCUGAUGAGAACAUAUGCAACAUGCCUUCGUGUUUGUACUCAAUAGUUACUCUGACUUGUAUUUUUUUUUUUUUUUUAAACAAAUGAACACACAUCCUCUUUCUAUAUAUUGUAGUUGUAAGGAUUUUAGGCUAGAACACACCAGCUGAAAUGUUUUUGAUAUUUUCAUGUUGGAUAUAUGUAAUUGUGAAUUAAACAUGGCUGUUCAGUAUUCACUGUC